AUGAGCAAAGCUUAUGAUGCAGGACCAAGGGUCAGGACGAACAACUUUUUCGACAUUGGCGUCGUCGGAAGGAGGACGGGAAUCACGAUGAAGAGCAAUGUCAAGAAGGAUGCCGACGGGUUGGACAAUAUCGAUGACUUCUGGGAUGAUGACGAUGACAAUGGUCCCGCCGUCAACAGCCAAAACAUGACACAGGACGCAGAGCAGGACGACUUCAGUGGAGAGGAUGAUUUCGAGGAUGAGGUACAUUCAUCACCCUCUGUCCGAAAAUCAGACCCACGUCGCUACUUGGAGCAGGAGGCACCGGAGGAGCUGUUAUUGACACCUACAUCACGUCGGUCUCGAGGUGGUGCAAGGGGUACUCUUUCAGGCGAUGGGACCAUCCAUGGGUCUCACCUCUCCGCUGGCGCAGAGGGAACCCCAUCACCAUCGAUCGAUCGCAUCAGGAAGAGACUUGUUUUCACCAAGGAUUCGUCUAACAACGACACAGAGCAGGCCCCGCCACAUCAGGGACAUUCCAACAAAGCUAACUCUGGUUCCCCAGCGCUCGACAAGAUCCUGAGGGAUUCACAGGACAGGAAUGCCCAUAUGAAAACGAACGUAGCUCGGGCCCCUGCAACUACCAACAACAGAGUACCAGUAAAAGCAGUACCUAGCAAGGCACAGCCAAAACCGACAUCCGUACAGCCUUCAAAGGCCCCAGUACCCAGUAGACGACCUGCGAACCUUCCAAAGGCGUUCGACUUUGGAGGAUAUUCCGACGAUCAGGAGGACGAUUAUAGGCACCCCGAUGACGACAUCAACUCCAACCGCGACCGGAACGAUGCGGAAUACCCUUUUAAUGACGUGCGCGAACCGACACCACCCCCACCACCACGAGCAACAGCAGCAAAGGCCAAAGCAGGGCGGACAGCAUCAGAAUUCAGACAGAAGAGCAAGGCCCCCCCUGCAUGGUUGGCUCCGAGUGAUGAUGAGGACGAGUCUGUUCAUGAUGGCCCGGAGGACAGGCGUGACGAUGACGAUCGGUUGAGGUUCUCAGACGAGGAUGAACCAACCAGAAGGGAUGAAGACGAGGAAAGUGAGGAGGACGAGGAAGUUCUGCAGGACAAUCGCAGGAAGAUGAGCGCUUUUUCUCGCAAGAAGCGGACUGCCAGCGUGCAGGAGCCUGUAGAGGUGUUGAAGGGAGGCAAGCGAGCUGCAGGAGCAACCAUGGUGGCGGUCAAACAGAAGAAUAUACCCCAGAAGUCAGCUCCUAGCACGAGCGCGCGACAGAAACAGCGGCGGAGUUAUGACGACGGUGAUGAGGAGGAGAGGGAGGAGAGGGAGGAGUUGUCGGAGGAUUAUGGAAAAGUGCCAUCAAUGGCUCAGUCAAAGGGAAAGUCGAAGGCCUCCUCCAGCACGUCUAGAUCGAACUUCAAUAAUUCCGGUACCAAGAAAAUAGGAAGGGCGACACAUUCUGGCCAUGAUACUUCCAGCACGACUCAUGAGGUUCCUAUUGUACCGGAUCAGAAUGCUGAGGAAACUGGAGUUAGGAGGAGUGGUCGAACUAAAGUGACACCGCUGAAAUUCUGGAUGAAUGAAAAGGUGCUGUAUAGCAAGACGCGUGAAGGUCCAGUUAUUAAGAGUGUGAUGCGUGCCGCGUCAGAAGAGGCUCGAGAGAAGCCCAAGCGUAAGCCUCGGGGGAAAUCAAAACCUCUGACUGUAAGACCUCAACGCGCGGCCAAGAAGAGAGAGGACAAGGGCAGGGGCAAGGAGGGCAAGCAGGAAGACGACGAGGAAUCUGGCCAGGACCGCGCACUGGAAGAGGACAACCAUGACUCUAUGGAUGUGGACGAGGACCAAGCAGAGACUAGCACAGGAUUCCGCGAGGAUCCCAUAGUAACUGCAGAUAUAAUCGUCUUUGGUUCGGAUGAUGUUGUGUCGAAAGACAUUGCGGAAUCGGACAGUUCAAUUCAGUUUCGGAAUGUGAAGAGCGGCGAAUACCAGUUGCAUCGUGGAUUGGAGGAUGCUGGCUAUAUGGUUACAGGCACCCUGAAGAUCAAGCCUAAUGGCAGGAAGCCUGUCAACAGCGGCACCAACACUUCCAUGGUCUUUUACGUGAUCAAGGGACUUGUACAGGUCAAGGUUCACGAGUCUGACUUUGUAAUUUCGACAGGAGGACGGUUCUUGGUCCCCCGGGGAAACACCUACAGCAUCCUCAAUAUCUCUACUAAGGAGAGCACGUUGUUUUUUGUCCAGACAAAGGAACCGCGCUCCGAUACAACAGAGGCCAUCACUACAUCCUCUCCCUCCGCCGCCACUAUCUCCAGCAGUACUGAGUCGAGAACCAAACGCAAGAGCGUGACGGGCGGAAGCACAGCAGCUCAACCUGACCCCGAUAGUUCUGAACGGAACCCAUCACCACCGCCAGAGGAUUCGACAGCUGCAGCUGCAGCUGGAGCUCAUUCCAGAUCACCGUCGCCUGAAGCUACCACGCCAUCGUCCAACAAGCGUCGUUUGACAUCAGCACGGCGGUUGCUGUCGAACGCGCGGUCACCAACACCUCCACGUUUCUUGUCAUCAUCUACAGAGGAGGUUGCCAACGGUCAUGACGGUGCAGAUGAAAGAAGGCAACCUAGUGCGCUGGCGUCGUUUCUCCGGUAG